AUGAAUAAUUCAACUUGUGUGGCCAGGUACGAAGAUGACGAUUAUUACUGCGCAUGCGCCACUGGAAUCAGUGGGAAAAACUGCAGUGACAUAGGUGAUGAUCAUAUUACUUACCGAAAUAACGUGUUUUUUGGAAAGUGCACCUCCUUUGAUCAAGCGCCGUCUUUGUAUACGCCCCUUACAUUGCAGUGUUCAUGGUUUUUAUUGUUGUUGUCAGCACUGACAUCAUGAACAUAAAUGACCCCAUAAAUCUGGAAAAGUAAUCGUAUACAAUCAACAUUGCAAGACAUAAAAACGACACCGGUAGAACCCAAACAGAGAGGGCUGUUUCGCCAUUCAUGUUCACUUGGAAUGUUUGUGCUUAUCAAAUCUCCUGUUGAUCGGGCGUUCUGCAGCCUAUUCGUUUGAGCUUACGCGGUUAUUUUUCAGUUGCUACCUGAUACGAUGACUAAUUCGAAACGGGAAAUAGACCUUUGCUGGCUGUUAUUGCUACGGUCUCGUGCUGUUUUUAUCAGGUUUAAAAACUGCAAAGAAAGCCCACUUGGUUUUGUGUUAUAGAGCGGUUUAGCAUGAAGUCAUGUGCGCCAUAUUGGGGUCUAUUGGUGUUCCAAAAAACGGCGGCCAUGUUCGUGUUACAAGCUAUUCCUUUUGAAUUUGAACUUUUCCUGCGGGCGAAAAGAGGAGCCCACAAUCCUAAUCUCCAGGUUUUUAUUACGCAUGCUUCCCUGGUUACAUGUAUGUAGCCAACAUUCGUUUGAAGUUCCUCUAAGAAUGUAUUGAAUACACUGAAUGUAAUUUGAUCACGAGCGUUUGGACCUUCUAUCACUCGUAAUCUGAUCACGCGUGUUUUGAUCAUCUGUCACGUGAAACUUACGCAAAGCACAACGCUGGAGCAAAAGCGUUUUGACCUUGGAUCAUUGUUGCCCGCACUCCGUCGUAACCUUUGGUUAUUACUAGUCUUAUUUAAAAACUUUCUUUUGUUCAAAUAAAUUGGCAUAGCAGCUGGCCACGUGACAUGAGUCAAAACGCCCUAUGAGUUGUUUGAUAUAAGUGCCACCCCUCAAAUAAGCGCCUCGCCUACAACUAGGAUAAUUACACCGAUGACGCAGUUAUAUUUCGAAGGAAUACUGUACAAGUUUUUCGUUUAUUUAACUAUUUUUGUUGAGUACAAAGGCAUUUUCCAUAAUAGGCCAUUUUACAGUUGUGUGCUUAGUGCCCUGGCCUUUGAAUAGACGCGCGGCUGGCGGUGACCUUGUUUUGUUAUAAACCUGCCUGAUUAUCAAGUGCAAAUCGUGGUAUUUUCAUGCUAACGUGCCCGUGAACAUGAUCAUUUACAUAUAAAAAACAAGAAGAUUUGUAGCAAAACAAGGUCACCGCCAGCCUCGCGUCCAUUCAAAGGCCAGGGCACUGAGCACACAACUGUAAAAUGGCCUAUUAUGUUUUUUCUUUAAUCUAAGAACUCUCUUGUUAUGAAUUAAUGCUUGGCAUGGUGGAUCCGACGUUUGUUUUGAACAGCAGUGUACUUCAUAUAUUAUGGUUAAUGUAUCUGACGUAUUGCAACAUGAGAUACAGAAAAACGUGUGCAUCAUUUUCUUACGCGCCGCUGUUUUCAGUUUGAGAAUAAGGUAGUUUUCUUGUAUCAGAGCUCAGGUAGAAGUACCGAGCAGCUUUAAUUUGUUUGUGACUACGAAAUGAGCACCAAGUGGCCGUGAGCUCUAUGACGAAUUCGUGCCUUACCCAAGAGGAUGAACGACAAUGAUGACCACUUCUCAGAAACGUCCUCUCAACCAUUUUGUCAUGGUUGUAGUUUUACUGAGUGAAAUCAUAAGUAAUUACUAACUAUUCUUUCAAUUGUAAUUAUACAUAGUGUGCCACGUAUAUUUUUCAGCAAAUGACUGUAAUGAUAUUAGAACUCAAGGACACUCCACGGGAGAUGGUAUGUACUGGCUUGUUCCGUAUGGAGGAAGUCAUUCAAAUGCAUUUCCAGCUUACUGUGACAUGACGUCAUACAAUGGAGGGUGGACCAUGUGUUACACAACUGAUGAAUACGCCAAACCCAAAACUGAAGUCAAGUAUAAUGCCUUAUUUCCUUAUGGAACUGACGGGUACAGGACGAACUGCAACAACAUCGAAGUAAGUUAAUGAAAAACCAUUUACGAAGUGUAACAAAACCUUUUUAAUUGUAAAAAUAUUCUUUCAAAUUGAGAGUAUUUUCACGGGCUGGUUAGAUCACCUACCACGCUGCUUAACUAAAGGCUUGCUUCUUCCAUCCUGGUCUGUCCAGUACAUAUAGUGAGGACUAAAACGUACGCCAUAAACGUAACCACAAAAGGGUUUAGCUCGUUGGAUUAUAAAAGUUGUUGGAUAAGGAAGAACAAAUCUUGAACAAUUUAGUUUACUGGCUAUUAUCCAACCCUCGGUCUCCGAAAGAAAAGCUUCACCGCUAAUUCAGUCCAACUUUUUUUUGUUUCUUCCAGUAUAAUUGAAUUUUUGUGUGACUGCUUGGACCAUUCCAUCUCGUCUAGGAUGAAUAGACACAAUCCUACCCUAUGGCCAUACUUAUUGUUGCUGGUUUUGUUCUGCAACAAGCACUGCUAACCUUCCUCCAGAUUCCUUCUUUUUGCUCUGUAGAAGUGAUUGGUCGCGUCUGAGGUACUUCCUUCUUCACUUGUGUAUUCUUUGCAAAUCUCAUUACGUACGCCAGCAGUCUUUUUAGUUUCAUUAAGAAAAACUAUCUUUUCUACUCCAACACAGACACAGCCGAGAAAUUCCGACUCCUCUCAAUCUUUUCAUUUCUCUCUUUCAGGGGUGCUUUAACUUUGUUUUCUGGCCAGACUAGGCGGUUUUGUAUGGGAACUCCAGGCCAACGCUGUAGUGAUGCUUCACGUUUAGUUUUGCAGGGUGGAAUCCUCGGGUGAUAUUACAUCUGCACGAUUAUCACCUGUCGGCACGUAUCUCUAACUCACUGUGCCCGCCCUCUAGUAGAGUCUCCAGGUUACUCAUGAUUAUGUGAAUCUCGGAUACUCGAUUUCCCAUGAACACCUUGUAGUUGGAGCCCGUCUGAUGAAUCCAAUAAAAAUCCGUGGUAGAAUCACUCCUAACAAGAGAGAAUAUCAUAUCCGCGAUUAGGGGUGGGGAUGUGCCUUCCUUUCCCCUUCCGGUUUAGAUUUCAUUUCAACGUGACGUGAUUGACGUAACAUAACAUAACAUCAGUCAUAACAUCACCUAUUUAAACCUCGGAGUUAAAGGUAGUACUAAUCUGGCACGAGUAAUUAACACCUCGUGCAAGAGGGAGUUGAGGGUUACGUCUUCGUUAUCAAUUGAAUUGCUUUCUGUGUUUUAUCGCUUCAAAAUACUUAGUACUACGCUUAUCCGUCGUUCAUCGAUAUUUUUGGGCGCGUGAAAGCUUGCAUUGGCAAUUCGCCUCAGUAAAUGCGUUAAAGUCCAGAAAAUCAUAGAGCUGUUUUCUAGCCCAAAGGAAAUUUUAAUUACCUUUCAAAAAUUUUUUUUGUUGUUUUAACCUUAAUGUUCUAAAUGGUUUUCUCUUUUUGCUUUAGUUCACUGAGGUUAUUAUCGUUGAUCACAAAACUGGAGAUAAGGCUUACUUCAGGCGGAAAACCAACCUAACCAUCAGAGCCGCUCGUAAAUAUGGGAAGAAAGCUAAAACCUAUGGAUUGUGGGAAGGCUUUGGAGCCAUGAAUAGCAGUUACUCGUAUCAGCUGUUGAUCUGCGAUACUUAUUUCUACACCGGGUUUUUUGUCUCUGGAUACACCAACUGUUACAAGCGGUGUAACCAUUGGUGUGGUGAUUAUAAAUCGCCGUAUUUUCGUACAGCUUCGACAAGGUCGUCUUAUAAGGGUGUGGCUUUCAAUACAAAUGGUGCCAGAUCCGUCAGCACUCGGCUUAUGAGUGUCGGUCUGCGUUAGUAGGUACUGACUAUAAUCACGCUUCAGGUUUUACUUUUGUUCUAGCUGUAGGCCUUACCUGUAAUUCAGAUGACUCCUAGCGUGAUAUUAGAUUAAAAGUUUCUUUCAGUUUUGAAGUUUAAAUACAUCGCCUGUUGUCUAUGAUUUGAUUCAUCUCAUCGGACUCUUGCGGUUCGUAACUACAGCAAGGACCAUCUUCCAGAACUUACUAUGGUGUUACAAGGUUUAGUGUAGUGGGAUAAAAAAACCUAGGAAACAAUACCUAUUUUAGCUAAGGUCUCCCUUGCAAUAGAGCGUUUUCAUUCACAUGGCCAGCAUCUAUGCUAAUUUAUUGGAACAAAAGAAAGCAUUUACAUGAGAAAAGAGUUAAACCCCCCAGGAUUGUCUUGGCACACCAACAUGGCCGCCAUUUCAUUGUUUUGGAACACCAAUAUGGCCGCCGUGACGUCAUGUGAAAACGCUCUAUGGUUUAAAAAGAAUAAAAACUCCUGCUACUUGACAGUUAGGUGUAACUAGUUCUACAAAUAGAACCUCCUGAACUCCACGUGAUCCUUGCCAAAUCGACCGCCCUUCCCUUUUGACCUUCACAUGCACUUUCCCACUGUAAUACUUUAUUUAACAUGGUAAGCUAGUUCGAUUUUUUUCUCUUGCUAUUGUUGCAUAAAUUGUGGGAAUAAAAUGAAUUUGAACUUGAACUUGCAAUUACACUGUAAUGCAAUGGUGCUUUUACGAUCUUGAUCUUAACCAUUGGUUUAUGCGUCAGCCUGCGUCACGUCGAGAUAUGAAGCAAGUUUGGAGAGCUCGAAAGAGGCGUAACUCUCCACCUGGAACUCUAGCCUCAGGAGUGCUCUCCAAACUUUUCCAUUGCUUUAUAUCUCGACAUACACACAGCUGAAGCAUGAACCAAUUGUUUUAUAACAUUCUUACUGAAAACGUCAGUUGACUUAAAUUUUAUCAUUAUCAUUAUUAUCAUUAUUAUUAUUAUUAUUAUUAUUAUUGCUGUUAUAGCGCGCUCACUGUCUAUACGGACUAUAUAUUUUUACCUCGUAGUUACGUUUGCAAAUGUUUAGUCUUAAAACUGAGAGACAGUUUACAGAAGUCGCUUAAGACAACAUUCAAAAAACCUUUAAGAAAAUGGAAAAUGAUUCUUUUUGAACGAACUUCUUUGCAAACAAUGAUCAGUUUGCACACGCCAUAGCUUACGUGGAUGACAACAAUUUUCACCUCGUUCCCAAAAUCGUACCCAGUUGUUGGUCUUUAUGUGUUUUGGGGAUAAGAGAAGAUUUGGGUUAGGUUGCGGCGCAUGCGGGGGUGUCAUAAACCCGGAUUUCGAACGUGAAAUCCGAAAACGGAUUUUACCUCCGAGACAUCCGUCCUCAAGGUGGAUUUAAAUCUGGAUUUCAUGGUUUUUGAUUGACAAAUCCGAAAAGGGAUUUACAAAACUGUUCUCGUGCGGUGAACAGUGGUCUUUUUUCUACACAUUGUGCGUACCCCUGCAUUUUCGCCUUUCUUGAGAACAGUUUUUUAUAUCCGUUUUGGAUGUACAAAACAAAAACGGAAAGAAAGAAAAUAAGAACAGAUUUUUUAGCUAUGAAAUCCGUUUUCGAAUUUUGCGUUCGAUUGAAAAUCCCAACUUGAUCCUGAUUUUGAAAUCUAACUCCAGGUUUCCCAAUCGAGCGCACCCUCUUGAACAGAUUCAAGUGUUUCUCGUUAUAAAUCAUGAGGUAAAUGCCGUGUACUAUUGAGUCAUGGACACAGCAAAGCUUGUUGGCGUCAUGGAGUGUGCUCAAUGGAUAUAUGAAGCACGCUCGCGCUAUUGAAGCCAAUUUGAUAAGGCGAAAAUACUAGAGCUCAAUGUUAUAAGAAUCAAUGGCCUCCAAGAAGACAGCCUGGGCCCGGCUGCAUAAAACCUGCACUUAAGUGCUCACUUAAGUAGUUCACUUACGAAUCCGUUAUGGGUACACUUACGGGUGUUGCAUGGAACACACGUAGCACUCUCGUAAGUUUCUGUUUUACGUGGUAACUUACGGGCUCACUUAAGGGGACACGUAACCUUGAUAUAGUACUUUAUUAACGAUUCACUCUUUUUUUUUUUAAGCUAACCAUCGGUGAGUGUAAAGAAAGUUAAAAGUCGUUUCGAACACUUUUAAGCCUCUCAAAUAAUGAAAUUUGCAUGCAAACGUUAUUUUUCUUCAAUAUUUACUGAAAAUGACAGUUCUUCUUCUUUUUUCACAAAAGUGUACAUCAUAGGUUAACAAAGCGCAGUAGAACGAAUUACGUGAAGAAAAAUACUUUUUUUCACUUCUCAGUAAAAGAUCUCGUUAAAUUUAGUAAAAACAGAAACGAUACGGGACCUACAUAGGUCCCGUAAAUUUACGUGCUAUUUUUCCCGUAAAAAAAGUUUUAUGCAACACCCGCAAUUUCUAUUGCAUAAACGACACUUAAGUGAACACUUACGAAAAUCGUAAGUGCAACCACUUAAGUGAAUUCCCUAAGUGGACCACUUAAGUGAUUUCAUGCAACUGACUUAAGUUACGAGUGCACGUACGUGUACCCGUAGUUGUUACGGACGUUUUAUGCAACCGGGCCCUGGCCCUAAUGCGACAGAUAUGGCUAAUUACUCUCUUUUAAUAUUUUGCAAGGAUAAUAUAUAAUGCCGGAAAAACGUAUUGUGCGACAAAAUAGAGUAGAGCCAAUUUUAAUCUCUUUACAGAAAAUGCCCCUCACCAAUUUCUGCCAUAUACAAUAGUCUAUUAAAUCAUGCCUUUGAAUAAUUAAGAAUGAUGAAUUACAUAUUUACCAAUUAUACGUAUGGGACAUCCAGUUUCAAGGUGUUUAUAAUUUUGGCUAAAGUAUAUCCACGCAUUUCAUCCUUAGUAUUUCGACAAAAAAGUGUUAUAUAACUGUUUAUAAACUCAUUAUUUAUUUUAACUAUAGCCAACAGUAAACGUCACCUUUCUCUACUUGCUUUUACAAGUUUUACAUAAAUAAAAUUGGGAAUAUUAUAUUGAGAGGCAAAGUAAAUUACACCUUUAAGUUUAAUCCCUUAUAAAAGAAAACGUCACUUAGAUUAACAAGAUUGGCCAUAUAAUGAUGACUGGCCUAAUUAUGCCUUUCAAUUAAGGAUGUCGAACAGCAACCAUUUCAUAUCGGGCAUCACUUUCAAGAUGUACAAAUUUUUGGCUCCAGUAGAUUCACGCAUUUCAUGGUUCUUCAUAAUCUUGGUAUUUCGUGUAAAAUGCGAAUUUUUUGUUGACAGCUCAAACAGUUUAAAGCGUCAUACAAAAAACGGUUUUUCCUACGCAAACUUUGAAGCUAACAAAUUUUCCUAUCUAAACAUUACUCCACUCGUUUCUGCUUCAGUGAAAGGGGUUCAUGAAUGUGGUAUACUUUGUCUCGAUCAUUCAUCAUGUGUUUCUGCGAAUUUUGCGUCGUUAUUUCGUGAGGAAGGAGACAUUUUGUGUGAGCUGUUACCAAGCGAUAGAUACAACAACUCAGACAAGUUAGUCUUUAGCUCAGUGUUUAAUCACUUGAGCAUAAAGGUGGGUAGUGAAAUACUUAGCUUCUAUUAUAUUUAUUAUUCUGCUUGAUGGAUUUAAAUAGAGACCAUGGUCCACGGCCUGUUAUUUUUUUUAAGGUUCAAUAGGGUUUAAACAUUCUUAACACUCGGAUACUGGCGAAGAAAUUUUUUUUUCAACGCGGAAGAAACUAUUAAUUUUUGCAAUUCAAUCUAAUAUAAUCCAUGUACUGGUAUUGAAAUCUGGUUUCAGACUGAGCGAUAUAUUACUUUCCUUUGCAGAGGAAUAGCAGAGAGUAAAAUGAUAAUAACGUUUUAAGAGAGUGUAAAUUUUCUUGCGAUAGUUUUGGGGCACCGACCACCUUCUUCGUGGCUUCAUAGACUUUCAUCAUGAAUGAACAUUUUUUUGAUAGGAGACGAGCGUGAUACGUGAUACGGAGAGCGUGCCUGUGCCUGGUUUGAAAAUUGUUACGGCCAGCGAAAAGUGCGGUGGUAGCGUGCUUAAUUUGGGGUGGUGGUGGUGGCGGGGGGUUGCAAAACAAACCUGAAAAUUGUACUGCCACACUGCGAUUUAAAAUACGGUUGAAUAUGCAAAAAAGCUGAAGAAGGCUCUAAUGAAGAUAAAAAGGCAUAGACACGCUAACGAGCGGGCGAAAAACAGUACGAAGAACGAAACACAUUUAAAUUCGCACAAAGAAACUAAUCACAAGGAUAUGAUCGAAUGAACUACAAGCUUAAUUAACGUACGGAAAAAGGAAAAAAAAAUGAAUUAUGGAAAAAUUGUUACAGUUGGAACUUAAAAUUGAAUUAUUUAGUGGAUUGGUUUUGUGGUGUUAAUAUUUGAGACUACGAAUAGUUCUUCGCUCAUUGCAGUUUCAUUAAUGCUGACGAAAACUCAACAACCUACACCAUGGCAAAAAGACCGUUUUUUAUAAAAAGGAAUUACCUUGCACCUUUCCCUUAACACUCCAUCAAAAUCUUCCCGUCACAGGGCAGGGCCAUUAUACUGAUUCCACCUGUGUAGAAGUAGAGCAAAUGUGUUCGAUACACUCAUUAUUACGGGUCUGUAAGAUCGACUACACUUUUCACAUAACAUUCAUAACAUAACAAUAACAUUCUAUUGGAUACCAUCGUUACACUUUGCUGUUGAUCAACAUUCUUAGCUCUUUGGCAGCUGGAUAUAUUUUUUUCAAUACAUACAAAAAUCUUAGCCUUCAAACAGAGUAUAAUUUAACAACGAGAUUUUUCAAUUUUAAACAGACCCCAUGCUCAAAUGACCCCUGUAUGAACAAUUCAACUUGUGUGGCCAGAUACGAAGAAGACGAGUAUUACUGCACAUGCGCUCCAGGAACCAGAGGGAAAAACUGCAGUGACAUAGGUGAUGACUGUAUAACUCAGCGAAAUAGCGUAUCUGCUGGAAAGAGCACCUCCUUUGAUCAAGCGCCGUGUUAAGGGUGCAGUGUUAAGAGCACUAAUAGGGACACUAUGUCGCCAACAGCUCUUUAAACACUAAAGGACAGAGCAAGCUUCCACCAUCCGCUUAAAACAAUGUUUUGACGUGUUUCAAGUUGCCGUCAGUUAUAACAAAUAAGUUAACAAACUAACAAAGUUGUUUUUAAAGGUAGCGAGUAGGGAGAAACAGAAUGCUUUAGUGGUCUCUGUAAUACAGAAAAACCUGCCUUAAGAGGAGAUAAUUCGGACCAGAAAACCGAGUGUCCGCUUACGAGAGCUUUUCCCAAAAUGAGGUUUAAAAUGUAGUGUUUACAUGUGGCUGGGACUAUCUCCAGUGAUGGGUUUCGGUUAUGGCCCGCCGGGGGCUAUGGGUUAUUAAACUGAAAUUACGUUUACUUAGUGUGCCGCGUACUGAUAUUUUUCAGCAACCGAUUGUAGCGAUAUUAUGAGUCAAGGUCAUUCCACAGGAGAUGGUAUGUACUGGAUUGUCCCGGAUGGAGGAAGCCAUUCAAACGCGUUCCUAGCUUACUGUGAUAUGACGUCAUACAAUGGAGGAUGGACCAUGUGUUACACUACUGAUGAAUACGCCAAACCCAAGACUGAAGUCACGUACAACACAACAUUUCCUUAUAGAACCGAUGGGUACAGGACGAACUGCAACGAAAUCGAAGUAAGUUCAUGAAUUUGAUAUAUAACACCAGCUUUACCUUCAACAUCCAGGGGAACACAAUGGAUCUGUUCCUCGGACAAAUUUUUGUGGCUGGGAGAUUUAGAGUAAGUAAUAUGUCCUUGAAAGAAAAGUGUUGCUGGGAAAUAGACAAUUCAGGGUCUUUGAGGGGAUUUGGUGUGUAGAGUCCAGAAUUGCUGGUAUGUGCUAUUCGCCAGGCACCUCUUCACCCCGCGACUACUGAAGGUUUUAAUUUCGCUUUGGGCCGCACCCAUUUUCCCUAUCGGACCCCCCGUUGUUGUAAAAGGACUACUUUCUUGUUAUUUCAUCAUGUUUUCCUUGGGAUAUUGAGGAGACAAGCGUUUCGUUAAAAAAAAUUCAGUGAAACCAAAUAUUAAAGCAGAUAGGUGUGGAUUCUUUAUUGGCUAAAAUUUGAAAUAACAAUAAAGUUUAGAGUGCAAACAGAAUUUCUGUCAAAUACAAAUGACUAAGUUGUACAAGAUAGUGAUGCUUUAAAUAAACAAAAGCAAUAUGAUUAGCAAAAAUUCAUACAAUUUAGCAUUACUAUUUCAAAUAUCCAAUGGACCCAUCUUUCACAUAUCCAAUGGACCCAUCUUAAAAUAUACCUCGGAUCAAACUGCUGACUCCCCCCCCCCAAACUUCUUUAGAAAAAAAGGUUUAACCCUCCCUCUAGCCAAAAGUUAGCCUCUCUUCUAGCCGAUAAGAAAUAGCUUUGAACCCCCUUUUUCCCUUCCCCCCUCUCUACAUAAAUAAUGACCCGUCCCUAACGCUGCUUUUUUAGCUAAUAAAGAAAUUUUAUUUUAAUCAGAGACAUAGUGUAAAAGUUUUUUGGCUAAAUAUUUAAAGACAUUUCCCAUCAUUUCCUCUUUUCCAUCAAAUAAUCCUUUUUUCUCUCUCUCUCUCUCUUUUCGUUUUAGUUCACUGAGAUUAUUUUCAUUGAUCAUCAAACUGGAGAUAAAGCUUACUUCAGGAGGAAAACCCAACUGACCAUCAGGGUCGCUGGUAACUAUGGGAAGCAAGCUAACGCCUAUGCAUUGUGGGAAGGCUUUGGAGCCAUGAAUAGCGGUUAUUCGUACCAGCUGUUGAUCUGUGACCAUUCUUUCUACACCGGGUUUAUCGUUUCCGGUUAUACCAACUGUUACAAGCAGUGUAACCACUGGUGUGGUGAUACCAGCUCACCGUAUUUCCGCACAGCUUCUACAUCAUCGUCUUAUAAGGGCGUGGCCUUCAAUACCAAUGGUCACCGACCCUUAAGCACUCGGCUGAUGAGUGUCGGUCUGCGUUAG